GAUCUGCGCGCCGAAAUGAGAUGCGGAGAGAAAUGCUGCAGGUCUGAGUGAUUGAGGCCGCCAUGGCCCCUCCCAUCCUCUUCUGCUUCCCCCUGCUGUUCCAUCUGCGUUCAGUCCUCACUGCACGCGCUAAGGCGUCCGCUGCGAUUCGGCGACUGCGCGCAUCGCUGGACAAGACGCGGGAGCAGACAGGCACGCCCUACCACUUCCUGUUUAUUCAUGGCGCCUACCACGGGGGAUGGUGCUUCGACGCGCUGGUGGAGCAGCUGAGGGAGGAGGGGCAUGGGAGGGAGGCAGUGGCUCUCGAAGGAACGGCUGUCGACGCCGUGUCUAGCUUCGAAGAGUAGGAGAGAUGAGAACGAGUGCACUCACGCUUGAUGACAUGAUGACACUCUGUCUGUGUGCGUCACUUGUGUGCUCCCGUGCAGGAAUCUGAUGGGGUAUCCCGACGCCUAUCGUGCGCUGACCUUCGACAAGAUGGUGGAUCGGACUGUCGAGAAGGUUGCCAGCCUGCCCGAUGACGCCAAGGUCGUGCUGGUGGGCCACAGCUGGGGCUGCAUGCCUAUGACGAUGGCCGCAGAAAAGUGCCCACCCGAGAGGCUGGCCUUCAUCGUCUACCUGAGCGGUCCUUGUCCAUCCGACGGGCAGUCGGCUUUCGACCUCGGCAACGAGUGGUUCGCCACGCCAGCAAGUGAGGGGGGCGGGGCGGAGCUCAUCACCGAGGUGAUGGACAAGGGCAAGUUUUGGGAAGACCACUACCCCGAAGACGACCUCAGGAGUCCCAGCGGGCUGAGAGUCAAGAGGAGUCCGUCUGACAAGACCGAUGAGAAGCUGCAGUUUGUGCGUCGGGUGGGCCAGGCAGAGUUCUACUGCGACCUGAGCGAAAUGGAGAGAGUGAGGAAGGCGCUUUAUGGCUGCUGUCCUGAGCGCGUGUCAGCCGAGAUGCUGGCGCGUAUGCGGCCGAUGCCUUUGGCCAACUUCAGCGUCCGUGUGGCCCUCACCGAGCGAUUCGAGAGCAUCCCCCGAGCGUACGUCAAGUGCCUGCGUGACGAGAGCAUGCACCCGGCCUACCAGGAGUUUAUCGUCAAGAGGCGGGGCUUUCGGGAGGGGAGCAAUGCUGUGUAUGAGCUGGACACGGACCACUCGCCGCAGGUGUCGCACACCAAGCAGCUGGCGGCCCUGUUGGCCGACUUGGCCGAGGGAUGGGAGAGGGAGGGGAAGCUUCAGAAGUAGACAGACAGAUGGAGGACGGUAUGCCUGCUGGCAUGGUGUGGUGUGGGUGUCUGUCUGUCUGAGCGGUGUUUGCAAGUGGCAAGGCGUGAAUGCCUUUGCGUCGAUUGAGGGUGCGUGGAUUCGUGACUGUCUUUAUGGUGCUGGUGGAUAACUCGACAAUGGCAUGCAUGGUUUGAUAAGUGUCGUCAAGCACAUGAGACGACAGUCCAAUCGAAUCUGAAUGUCCA